AUGAUUCAGGAGAUGUACAGGAAUGUGUAUACUAGAGUAACAAGCAGUGUUGGAGAGACGGAUGAAUUUGAGAUAGGAGUUGGAUUACACCAGGGGUCAGCACUUAGCCCAUUCAUCUCCAACAUCGUGAUGAAUGUAAUGACUAGGGAUGUUAGAGAAGCAGUGCCAGGUAUUACUGAGGAUGGUGGAAGUAGCAUAAGAUUGGGUGGGGAAGAAAUAAAGAAAGGACAGAGGUUCAAGUACUUAGGGUCCGUAUUAGAGGAUAGUGGAAGCAUGGACCAAGAGUUGCGUGCUUCACCAGAUUACCUAAUAAACCAAGGAAUUCUUUCAGAUGAUAAGGAAGUUCAAACACAACGAAAUGCAGUAGGAAUACUUCGACCUGUUCCAGUAGACAUCGAGUUAGAGAAAAUAAGGCUUCAAUUGCAAAUGGAGAAGGAAACUGCUGAAUCUGAGCAUACUCUGAAGAAGGAUGCAGCCAAACAAGAGUUCGCUCUAAAGAAGGAAGCAAACAAAUUGGAGCUCUCUCCAGAAAACGAGAAGCAGAGCUCGACACCAGAAUGA